CCAAGCUGUAGUGACAAUUGCCACAAUGAUGCCACCAUCUCCUCCCUCUUUGUUCUCAUCAAAGGAAUAGGGCAGCUAAAAAAAAUGAUCUAUUCUAGGUAUGCAGCUUUCAGUCAUAAACAAAUGAUCUAUUCUAAGUGCCUCCAUGGAUUGGUCCUGUUGAUGAUUUCUUUGGUUUCAAGAGUAGCAGUGUGAAUUUUAUACCUGUGAAGAAGAAGAAGAAGAAGAAGAAUUUGACAAUGACUUUCAUGAAGAGCCUUGCUAUAGUGCACUGUCUAUUGGGAACACCAUUUCAUGGAGAUCAGAUGUGAAAUAGCUAUCUAUCAGUUUGGAUUCAAUUCUAAGGUUUUGGUUGCUGUCUCACCAACUCAAUGUUGGGAGAGAAGUCCUUUUCAUCCUUGCACAGCCAGUUCAGUUAUGUGAUCUUCUUCCUCGGAUUUGAAAUCGGAUCAAACUAAAAGUGUAGCUAAGUCCUGGCCUUCAAUCAUGGCAACAAUUUCACACUCCGGGUCGAGGCGCUUGUAUUCAUGGUGGUGGAACAGCCAUAUCAGUCCUAAGAAUUCCAAGUGGCUUCAAGAGAACCUCUCAGACAUGGAUAGCAAGAUAAAAGUUAUGAUCAAGAUCAUAGAAGAGGAUGCUGAUUCAUUUGCAAAACGAGCAGAAAUGUACUACAAGAAGAGACCUGAGCUCAUGAAACUAGUGGAGGAAUUCUACCGCGCUUACCGCGCUUUAGCAGAGAGAUAUGACAAUGCCACCGGAGUUCUUCGCCAGGCUCAUCAAACAAUGGCUGUUGUUUUUCCAAACCAGAUCCCACUUGAAGUUUCUGAUGAGCUGCCGAUGGAUUCUGAAAUGUUUGAACUUUUUGAUGGUGAUGAUGAGGCCAUGAAGAUGGAUAGACCUUUUCCGGAGGCAAUCGAUCUGAAGAACUUGCCUGAGAUGUUUACACUUGAGAAGCUUAAAGAAAUGGAAGAACUUCAGAAGGUCAGGGAGGAAAACAACAGAGUGAAUGAGCAAAAACUUUCAUCUACUCUCAAGAUAAUCGAUCUUCAGGAUGAGAUAAUUUCUCUGAGAGGAAUCAAAGGAAAGCUUCAAGAUGAAGUGAAGUUGUUCAAGGAGGAAAAGGAGCUGCAGUAUCAGGAGCUCUGUGAAAUCAAAGAAGACCGAAACAAUUUAGAGAAACUGAAGGAGAAGGUUGAGGAGGAAAACAACAGACUGAAUGAACAAAGUCUUAUGUUUACUGUAGAAAUGCUAAAUCUGAAGGAUGAGAUAGUUUUCCUGAAGGAUUCGAAGGCCAAACUGAAUGAAGAACUUGAAAUUUGCAGAGAGGAUCUACAUGAACUUGUCAAGAAACAUGAGCAUGAAUUGGAACACUUGCAUGAGAAAUUGCAAGACAUGGAACUGAUAAAGUUGAGCAUAGAGGAAGAAUUAGAGAGGGUUAGGCAGGAAAAUACCAAACUUGGAGAAGAACUCGAACGAUGUAGAGGGGAGAAGGAAGUUCUUAAUUCAGCACAGAGGCACAGUAUCUUGCAAGAGCAAAUACAAGCAGUCACUAUGGAGAUGGAGAAUCUUCAGGCAAUGAUAAAAGAGUUGAAAGAUGGAAACAAUGACUUGAAGGAGAUCAUCAAGAACCAUGAAUGUCAACAAGUUGUUAACUCAGACAACCUUAGAAAGAUUCAAUCGAUGUCGGAGCAGAAUGCCAUACUGGAAGCUUCACUUUCAGAUGCAAAUGAAGAACUGGAAACAUUAAGAGAGAAUGUUACAAUUUUAGAGAAGAGACAUGAAAAUAUCAGGAGAAGGGUUUUUCUGGACGAAGAUGAAAAGGAUGUGCUCCUCUCUCAUAUGGAUGUGGCUGCUCGGAACAUCGAGAAACUCCUGGGAAGAAAUACAUUCUUGGAGAACUCCCUCUCUGAUGUGAAUGUUGAACUGAAUACACUGAAAGGAAAUUUCAAGAUCAUAGAUGAAUGUUGCCAAUCUCUUCAUGGUCAGAAAUACUCACUUCUUUCUGAAAAGGAUACUCUUCAGACAAAGUCAUUGGCUCAGUUCGAAAGAAUCAGCUGGAGUUUAAGGAACUUGGAGAGUAGCUACACUGAAUUAGAAGGUAAAUGCUCAAAUCUGGAGCGCGAAAAAGCUUCGGCACUUCAAAAGGUUGCUGAAUUGCAAGAAUUUCUGAGGCUCGAAAAGGAAAAGCAUCAAUCUCUCAUUCAUUCGAGUAAAAGUCAGCUGAGUGCAUUAGAAAACCAGCUCCACCUUGGGGAACAGCAGUGUUGGAAAAUGGAGGAAGAACUGGAAGUGGAACGGCAAAUGGUCAUCAAUGGUCAGAUUGAAGUAUUCAUCUUGCAAAGAUGUUUACAUGAUAUCGAGCAAAAGUGCAUCACUAAAGAGAAAGAAAUUGCAUUCUUUGAAAAGAAAAGUGAGAAAUUAAGGGGUUGGAUCAUUCAGAUAACAAACAUGCUUGAGAUUGAUCUGAAAUGGGGUUCAUUGGAUGAUGCCAAAGAAGAAUUUCUUUUACAACUUAUUUUGCAUGAAGUCAGACGCUUGAUCAAUUCUAUUUCAGAGGCACAUGACGAGAAGCAAAUUCUGAUUCUUGAAAAAUCAGUGGUUGUUACUCUUCUUCAGCAGUUUGGAUUGUAUGUCGCCGAUCUUAGAGGAGAAGUUUUGGCUUGUAACAUGGAAACUCAAUCAAGGGAAAAGGAAUUUACAGUGCUAAUAGGAAAGAACAAUAAAAUUUUCGAGGCUAACAAACAAUUGGAGGAAAAGUUGCAGAGUAGCAACCAGAGGGAGGAGCUAUUGAAGGAUGAAGCAGACAUUCUAUUCAGGCAGUUGUCACAGUUACAAGAGGCUCAUCGCAAGUUGCAAAGGCAAACCGCUAGAGUGGUCGAAGAAAACCAGCUUCUUUCGAAGAAACUAAAUGCAGUGACAAUAAAGAAGGACAACUUGGAGGAGGAGGCCAACUUCUUGCUUGUAGAGAUCAUGACCUUAGAUUACCUUUGCGCGUCGCUCACGAGUUACCUUGCUGAGACAGGAUUGGAGCUGAAGCUGGUGAGUGAUGAAAGGGACUAUCUUUGCAAGGCACAAGAUGAACUGAUCAAGGAGAUAAUGCUGGUCCAUAGAAAAGUUAAAAUGCUUGAACUUGAGAACAAACAGCUUGAAUUAUCAUUCACCGACUUGAACGAGUGCAGAAGAUGUUUGUCGAGGCUUCACAAUGAUAUGAACAUGGCUAGAAAUGUAAUCAAUGCUUGUGAAGAUAAGCUAUUACUAGAUAAAGACAUGGUGCAAGUUACAAAAUCAGAGUUGCACAGGAACAUAGAAGAAUCUAAGAUCAAGGUUAUCGAAGCUAAGUUAGCUAAACAAGAAAUGGAGAAAAGUGAUAAUUGUGGAAUCGGAACAGACUAUCAAGCAGAAAUUUCAUCAUUGCUGAACGACAUACAGAGUGCCACAGUUUGUGUAACAUUCUUUAGAGACAAAGUAAUUGAACAGAUACUGCAAUGUGAAAGCAUACAGAGAAAUGGGAUGCUGCACAGGAAAGCUUUACAUGAUGAAAUCAUGAUCAGAGAUGAAACAGUCAAUGAACUGAAGGAGAAAGUGAAUAGCCUUGAGGUUGACAACAGAAGAUUGAACAAAGAAGUCAAUACGUAUAUGUCAAUUCUAGAGACUUUCUUGGAUGAUAUCAAUAUCUUGGAAGAACAGUCUCAAUCUUUUGGGAAAUACCAUCCAUCACCAAGCAACCAGGGAAAACAGGGCAACCAAGUCAGCCAUAUGUACAAGAAGCAAGAGACAAACAAAGCUCAUGGUGCUCGAUCGCAGCUAGGAAUCCCAGAAUUGUGCCACUUAAAAGCGAAGAUCAGGGCACUUCAGAAGAUGGUGAAGGAUACCAGGAACCUCUUGGAGCUGGAAAGGUUAGACUCAAAUGCUAGCUUAGAGGCUGCAUGGCACGAAAUAGAAGCACUGAGAUCAAAAGACAACUCUGAUAACGGUAGCCGCAAGAAAAAAUAUGAAAAGAUUAUGAGAAAUAUAGAGCUUGACAUUGUGUUGAAUGCUUCAUCACUGCCAACACAAUUGAAGGACAUCCAUUCUCAUGAAGGAAGAAAGAGAGAAAAUGUCAAGGAAACCUUUUAUCAAAGGCUUGAAAUGUGGGGAACAACUGAAAAGGAUAGCAGUAAACAAAAGCAGAAAUCGCCCAUCGUAAUUGAGGAAGUGGAGAGAAGCCAUGCUUCAAAUGAGCUGGUAUCUGAGAAAGAGUUGGGCGUUGACAAAUUAGGGGAGCCUAAAAAAUCUGAGAUAGAAUCCGACCAUGAACGGAACCAAAUGGAGAUGGAGAGACUUUGUUCUAAUGCACAGAGGCUCUUGGCACUUCAAGCAAGUGUUCAAGAACUACACAAGAAAAUGGAAGCACUAGAAAACAUCAACAGCACCUCACUUGAAUUCGAUGCUGUCAAAGUACAAUUGAAGGAGGCUGAGGGAACCAUCUCUAAGCUGGUUGAGCUCAACAGCAAGUUAACAAAUAAAGCUGGAGACUUGACUGAAUCCAACGACGAAGUCAGGGAGAUCAAGAAAGAUGCAGGAAGCAGAAACAGAAGGCAAAUCUCAGAUCGGGCUGAGAAGGUGUCUGAAAAAAUUGGAAAGCUGGAGUUGGAGCUGCAGAAAUUGCAGUUACAAGUGCAGAAAAUGGAAGAAGAAGAAAACAGAAUCAGAAAGACUAAAAUUGUGGAUAAAUCUGGGAUGCUUCUGAAAGAAUACAUAUAUGGAAAGAGAGAAGUUCGUAAGAAGAAGAGAGGCUCCUGUCGAUGCAUGAGGCCAAAGACAAAGGGUGACUGAUCUCUUGGAAAUAAAGGUUUCAUGCAAGCAUGAUAAUUGUAGCUACAAGAAUGCUAUAAAAUUUUCAUAUGUUGACAGUGCAUUGUUCUUAUUGUUGUGCCUUGAAAGUUGUUCGCGUCUAGAAUUGCUGGCAAAUUAACAACUAAUCAGUUACAUAGAGGUGAUUGUUUAGACCCUCUAUUGGGGAGUGAUAGUGUUGGGAAUGGAUUGAUGUAGUGUUCUGUAUGGAAUUUGAAAUGAGCAUUGUACCUAUGACAGGUAUCUGAUAUGAGAGUUGUCAACUAGAGUUCAAACCGUGCA